AAAAAAAAGGCGAAGUUGCCUUCAAUUGUCCAAGCCUAACGUCAUGGAAAGAGUUACUUUGUUGCAGCGCGCACAGGAAUAAACCCAAAGAAAUAACACAGACCCGUGCUGUGUGAUGAUACUGUGAAGAAGGAGAUUGUUUGGUCGCCGGUUUUGCUUUCUGGUUCAGUUUAAAGGAUCGAGUGAAGAAGAUGCGCAGGAACCUGUUUACAAGGAAAACGCAGCAAGUUUCAGACUGAGGGAAUGCGGAUCAGGCUCACAAUGCACAGGGAUACCGUCACGCCGGGUCGCUUUGUCUUGGAAAUAUUUGCAACCAAGGAUCGUUCUUUUAACGUCCCGAAAUGAGGAUCCCAUGUCCCAUGAGUGAACAAUGCGAGGUUGCAGUCCAGUUUCUGAGGAUUAAACCCACCGGCGCUGCUUUUGGAGGAGCUCUUUGGUGAAAACCAGCUUUGUUUUUGAACCUGUUGUGUUUGUUAUGUGAAAGAGGGUAUCGUUAGAGCCUGCAUGAGGGACUUAUCGUGGUUUAGAUCCUUUUAUUGCUUAAAGUUAUGGUUCGACUUUAAAGCAGAGUAGGUAGCCUAGGCUUUAUGAGAGACAAUAGAGCAAAAGCCUCAAUGGGCUGAGGAUGCUAGUGUUCACAGUAGACAUAUUUUAGACUCUCUUUUUUUUUUGGCAGAUGGCAGUAAUGGUUUUACAUAACUGUUGACUUCGACUUUGUUUACUAAGUAAGAUCAUUAAAUUUGCAUAGGAUACGCUGUGCUGUCGCACACCUGAUCCAACAGCUGCCAUGUAAUUUGAGAUGUGUUUGAAUAUUACAGUGAGCUUGUGUCAGAUGUUUCCAAAACAGCAUGCAUCCAGACAGUAACAUCAUUACAAAGUAGGCACUAUGUGCAUGUAGAUUUUGUUGCUUUUAGGACCCACUGGAGUAUCAAGAUGUCAGUGAAAGCCAAAGCAAUCUACACUUUUCAAAGUGAGAACAAAGAGGAGAUCAGCAUCAAGGAGAAUGAGGAACUGGUGAUCUUUGAUGAGAACUCAGUGGACGGCUGGUUUCAGGGGGAGAACAGCCGAGGUGAGAGGGGUCUCUUCCCAGCAUCCUAUGUGGAGAUUAUUCGCACUCGCUCCAACUCAAAUGUGACCGACUGUUCCAUCAGCCCGGCAGGAUCUUUAGGAAAUGACUCCUCCUUUUUCCCCUCGACCCCAAACUCGUCCCUGCAUUUGCAGCAGAGUUUCUAUGACGACGACGACGAUGACUGGGAUGACUGGGACGACAGAUCGACGGUGGUGGAUGAUGCUGACCACAGCAGGAGCCCUGGGGCCAAUGGACAUGCACAUCAAAGCCCACAGUCCAACAACCCCAAUGUGUACUACCGCUCAAAACCACACAUGGAGAGACAGGACAGCAUCUCCAGCUCCAGGAAAGGCAGCAUGGUGGGCAGGAACUUGAACAGAUUCUCCAGCUUUGUCCGCUCAGGGGUCGAAGCGUUUGUGUUGGGUGAUGUACCCAUGAUGGCAAAGAUAGCUGAGUCAUACACUAUUGACAUGGGUCCCUUGGGGCCUGGAUGGAAGGAGAGCCCCCAGCCCUUCUCCUGCUCCAUUGAAGACCCAACAAAACAGACAAAGUUCAAGGGCAUCAAGACAUACAUUUCAUACCGGGUCACACCGAGUCACACUGCUCAUCCCGUCUACAGACGCUACAAACACUUUGACUGGCUGUACAACCGUUUACUGCACAAGUUCACUGUGAUCUCCGUGCCUCACCUGCCCGAGAAGCAGGCUACUGGGCGAUUUGAGGAAGACUUCAUCGAGAAGCGAAAGAGGCGAUUGGUACUCUGGAUGAACCACAUGACAAGUCACCCAGUCCUCUCCCAGUACGAGGGCUUUGAGCACUUUCUGAUGUGUGCCGACGACAAGCAGUGGAAACUGGGCAAGCGACGGGCAGAGAAGGACGAGAUGGUGGGUGCACACUUCAUGCUGACCCUCCAGAUCCCCAACGAGCACCAGGACCUUCAGGACGUAGAGGAGCGGAUCGACUCCUUCAAGUCCUUCGCCAAGAAAAUGGACGACAGCGUGAUGCAGCUCACACAUGUGGCCUCGGAGCUGGUUCGUAAACACUUGGGCGGCUUCAGGAAAGAGUUCCAGCGGCUGGGUAAUGCCUUCCAGUCUAUCAGCCAGGCGUUUAUGCUGGACCCUCCCCACAGCUCUGACACCUUCAACAACGCCAUCUCCCAUACAGGCCGCACCUACGAGAACAUUGGAGAGAUGUUUGCCGAGCAACCUAAGUAUGACCUCUUUCACAUGCUGGACAAGCUGUCGCUCUACCAAGGCCUGCUCGCCAACUUCCCUGACAUCAUUCAUCUACAGAAAGGUGCUUUCGCCAAGGUGAAGGAGAGCCAGCGGAUGAGUGACGAAGGGAAGAUGGACCAGGACGAGGCGGACGGCAUCAGGAAACGCUGCCGGACAGUUGGGUUUGCCCUCCAGGCGGAGAUGAGCCACUUCCAUCAGCGGCGAGAGGUGGACUUCAAAGACAUGAUGCAGGCCUACCUCAAGGAGCAGAUAGCCUUUUACCAGCGUGUUGUCCAGCAACUGGAGCGCACGCUGCGCAUGUACGACUGUCUGUGAGGACGGCGAUCUGCUGCCAAGAUGCCAAAAAAAAAAAACACAGACAUAAUAGAAAACUCUUUUUUUAAAGGUAUUCUGUGUUUGGAUAAGUUUCAAAAGACUUGCAGAUAAAUGCAGCAGGAGUUACUGGAAAGACAUGAGAAGCCGGUCAGUCUUUCACUUUGAUGGAUUCAAAGUCACAUUUUUUUGUUUUGUUUUUAAAAGACCUACUGUACCUUUAAUUCAUGAUAUACACAUCACAUGGACAGUAUGACAGCAUUAUUGUUUACUUUACAUAAUUUAAGGUGUUUGUACCAUUAAAAUAACAAUAUAGGUUUCAAAUUCAUAGUAAAUCUUUAGUUGUUGGUUUUUAUAGUGUAACAUGCCACGAAACGGGUUCUGUUUGGAAAUUGUCCCCUUCUCUCCGACAUCAUGCACUUUGGCUUCUGCUGGGACUGAUUCAAAUUACUUGACUUCAAAUUUGUACAACAAUCCAUAAAGUUAAGUGUUCUGGUCAUACACUAACAUGUCAGUGUCUCUGAUUUGUCUGAGUCUGAGUUCACUUGUUUUCUUUAUCUCAUGCAGCAAGUGCCUUUAAGAAACGGAGUUAUUUAAAAUAGACCAGUUGUCUGUAGCAUGGCUUGUGUUUGAUAGGAAUGAAUUGUAUGUAGAAACAAGUUUGCACAUGUUCUUGUAUUCUAGUGUCUGUGGGAGUGAGUGUGUUUAUGUGCGAGAGUUGAGUUAAAUGAGUCAAUGGCUGUGCUGAUCAGUUUCCCUUUUCCACAGUGGAAAACCAAAAAAAAAAGAAAUGAAAUGGUUGUCUGUAGCAGCAGGUUCGUCUGGCUAACUGGAAGGAAAAGUAUGAGAUGGUUGAAGUGGAUUAACCGGUUUUAUCAGGCAGAACAUCAAGGAAGCAUGUCAGGUAUUUCAAUUCAAACAUUGACUUGAUAUGAAACCAAAUUCUUAUUAUUAUUAGGGUUUAGUGUUUGAUGCAAUGUGGGUUUAAAAAACGGCAGGAUUUAAGGUUAAUAUCGAGCAUUUUAAAACAACGCAUAGGAACAAAUGAGACCACAUUAUACUAUUGAAAUGAUCUCUGUACCGCAACAGUAACUUUAAGUAGUUUUAUAUUUUCCUCAAACACACUUUUUUGUCUUUUCAAUAUAAAGUUACAACCAGCUCUGUUUAGCUUAGCUUAGCAUAAAGACGGGAAAUACAGUGAAAUGGCUAGCUUAGCUCUGCCUACCGCCUCGAUUAUUACUUGCUUAUUAAAAAGUGAUGUUUCAUUUGGUCAGUUCAAAGAAAAAGACAAGACAAAAAGGUAAAUUGGUGUAUUUGGUAGGGCUGUCAACAUGAACUCUUGCUAUUGCUAUUUUGUCCCUUCAGGGUGAGCCAAUACAGCGUCUCCCUGUAGUCACAGUGAUGGAACAGAACAACCCUGUUGUGACUUUAAAUGGCUUAAGUAGUUUAGUUUUCGAUCUGUAAUGAGUUACUUUAUCCAUGAUUAUGUCAAAACCUUUGGUCUGGGUGGAAUUUUGUGUUUUGUUUCAAAAUAAAAGUUGGUUAAGAAAGUACAAAAAAAUCCAAAUAAAAGAACAUUUUCAAUGCAAAAUAGUGGAAUUUCAAAUAUGCAAUUAAGAAUUUGAUUAAUUGCGAUGAGCUGUUAAAAUUCAGCGAUUAAAACUUUGAAUCGUUUGACAGCCCUGUUUUUUAGUAGCCUAUUGGUUAUGCCACAGCUCCCAGUCAUAAAAAAGUAAUUCUUAUAAUUGGGAUUUGUGUAAGGAUUAAACUAACUGAUAUACACAACAGUUAACAGUUGAAUUUUAAAAGUGGGGAUUGUUGCUUCUGCAGAGCCAGACUAGCUGUUCCCCUCCUGUUUCCAGUAUUUAUGCUAAGCUAAGCUAAGCUAACAAGCUUGAAUUGUCUUACGGACGUGAGGCCUGUAUUGAUGCACUCGUCUUGCUCUCUGCGAGAAAACAUAUAGAAAAUGUACCCAAAAUGUUGAACUAUCUCUUUAAUCACAAAAGUUACAUGUACUUUUCUGCUCUUAUUCCAGCUGUGAUCACAAUGAAUUGAAACUUAAAAUAUAAAUUUUUUUACAUUUAGUGAACAAAAUAUUCCCCUCUAAAUGAGAUUUGAGUGACUGUGAUGAUUCGUCCUGUCAUUCUUCACCCUUUGAGUGUUUAUUGCUUAAUUAGAGUUUUUCCAGUAACAUUACUCAUUCACUUUAACAAGAAAAAAAAACUUCAUGGCGACAUGCGGUUUGACGAGACUAUCUUUAGAGUCGUGUUAACCUAAGAGGUUUUAUUUGGAGUCUGUGUUGCAUUUAUAAGCAUUACCUCAAGUGAUGCAGGCGAUGAUUUUGUGAGCUUGACACGCUUCUCAUCCUCCUUAGAGUUAAUUUGCCAAUUGUUAGGCAUCGAUUCUUCAUUGUGAUGUAAAAGGGUUUGAUCUUUGAGUGGAAUGUUUGUAGAAGCAUGAGAAAUGAGACAAAAAAGUUAAUUUGUUUUUCAGAAGUUGAAGUUGCAACCUUUAUUAUGGUUCCACCAAAACAAAGAUGUGCUGAUUCAGAUUGUACAUUUCUCAGUAAACAAACAGGCUGUGUGUCUAUGUGUCUGUGUCUGUGUGUGUGUGUGUGUGUGUGUGUGUGUGUGUGACUCAGAAAAGACUGGUACUGUUCUGUCCACAUCUGCGGCCUUUAACCCUUUGCUGUCUAAAUGUGCUGUUGUUGUGUUGGUUGGUUUAUUUGUGAAGAAACCUUUGCUUUUCAUACAUCUGUAUUUCAUACAGCAUUUUAACCCCGUUGCAGAUUCUCCAAGACCAAAGAAGUCAAGACAUUUUUUCUACCGGGCUUCCUUUUUUUUACUCUGUUUGGUUGUUGUGAAAUGAAAUGUGCUUUCUGGUUUUGUAAUCAAAUCUGUUUUGAGUAAAUGUGAAGAGCUCAUUUGGAACUAGUAAAGAAACAUUCCAAAAAAGGAAAAACUAAACAAAAAAAAGGACAAGGCAAAGAGAUUUUGGCAAAAAGGAAAACAUGCAAUGUGCUUAAGAGAAAGUAAAAAAAAAAAAAAAAAAAAAGACACAUUCAAGGAAGUGCUUGCAGCUCUAAUCAGGUUUCAUAACGACACUUUCUUCUCAUGUUCCAGAGCUGUGCGAUAAGUUAAAUGCCAGGCAUUUCACACAAGUGACUGUUUCUUUACAUGGAUGUGUGACCUGGGGAGUUUCAGGAAGUCUGUGCUUGAGUUUCAGUCUCUGAAAUAACAGAUGUGGAUUUGCAGUAAGUGAUUUGUCAAAUGAUUAAAGGGAAGGGGACAUAAAGAGGUCUUAAUAAAAGCAAUGAUGGAGAUCA